UGCUCAGGAAGUUGCUCGACAUAUGGCUGCAGCUCAGCAGGUUCCGCAGGGUCCUCAGAUUCAUGUGCAGCAGGGUCCGCAGAUUCAUAUGCAGCAGGUUCCGCCAGUUCAGGUUCAGCAUGAUCAUCAGGCUCCAGCUCAGCAGGCCCCAGCGCCACAGUAUCCGCAGGUUCCUAUUCAGCCAGUUCCAGGUGUCUUUCAGGUUCCGCCGCCACCACCCGUCAUUCCAGUGCACGCUCCCGAGGUUGAUGAAACAUUUAUCAGGGUGUUGUCACAGAUGAAGUACGUGAACUUGGAGCAUUUCAGUGGUACCACGGACCCUACACUUGCUCACGAUUGGAGGCACAGUUUGGAUAAGUGUUUGAACACUAUCUCAUGCCCACCAAGGCACAAGCUUAGGAUUGCUGAGUUGUAUUUACGCGGAGAUGCAGCAGUGUGGUGGGAUGGAGUGCGAGUGAUGCACCGUGGCGAGAUGACUUAUGAAGAUUUUCUGUAUGCAUUCAACAAGAAGUAUUUUCCAAGAGAAGCUUUGGAUGAGAAGAAGAACGAUUUUGAGAGUUUGAGGCAGGGUGGAAAGUCUGUCAGAGAGUAUGAGCAUGAGUUUCGCCAGCUUCACAGGUUUGCGGGAAUUGGUAUGGAUGAGGAGGACCUUAUCAGGAGGUUCUUAAAAGGGAUGCGAGUAGAACUUCACGGUAGGUGCAGUAUGGUCACAUAUACCAGUUUGGAGGAUCUGGUAGAGAAGGCCGUUGUGCAAGAGAAAUGUAUUGCAGCGGAGCAGAAGUUCAACAAGGCAGCUCAGCCUAAGACAGAAGGAGCUUCAGGGUCACAAAAGAGGCCAUGGGACCAGACGAGUAUCCAGUGCCAUAAUUGUGGGCUGUUCGGGCAUGUUUCUAGAAAUUGCCGAAAGCCACUAGUUACCCAGUUUAUAGCACCAGCAGCACCAGUAGUAGCAGCUAGGAAAUGUUAUGGUUGUGACCAGCCAGGCCAUAUCUUCAGAGAUUGCCCGAGGAGGGGCAAUGCAGCGCUUCCACCACCACCGAAGCGCCUAGCCAUUGCUCCACGUGUGUUCACGGUUGGAGAUCACCAGGGAGCCGAGCCGAUAGCGGGUGAGACCGAUGAGCAGGAGUGAUCAUAUCGGACUAGUGCUACUAUUUGGGCUCGUGGGCUUUAUCGUUUUAUCGUUUUAUCUUUUAUCGUUAUUGGGCCUUUAGGCCUUCGGACUUCUAUCGUUUACGCUACUUCCUAUUUUCAGACCUUCGGGCUUAUGUUGUUAUUAUAUUUCGGAUGUUUAUUUUCGGAUUUGAC